AUGCGGGGUCGGCCGUCAUCUUCGCUCUCCAUCUACCGCGCCCACUCUGCCGACAUCAAUGACCAACCACCAGCAUAUCAGACUUUGCAUAGUUUCGUCACAGCUUCGCAACCAGCCUGUCUCGCCAUUGCCACAGCUAUUGCAGCCACCAGGGCCGGUAUUUCUGGGAACCUCACCAGAUUCGACACGAGACUCGAUACAAUCAGACAGUCCCUUCCAAGCCACUUUGGCUCCUGCAGACUCAAGCACCCUCGAUCGGACGGCAAGGCUACCUAG